GAGCCCAGUCCAGGCCCCACGCAAUUCACAGGGCCCUAGAAGGGCAGAUCCGUCCACUCCACGCCACCCGCCAUCUCGGCUUCCGCCAUGCCUGGCCUCGAUUGGGACCUGAACCUGGACCCCGAGCUGCAGGCCGCGGCCAGGCGCCUCAGCUUCUCCGACGCCGACUUCCCCUCCUCCCGCUGCGGGCUAUCGGACUUGAAGGUGCCGCAUCCGAAUCCCAUAUUCCACGCCACCUCGCGCAACCAGAGCCGUCUCCCGACGAUCAGCGAGAAUACCUCCGAUGAACUAGCGGCGACGCAGGCACCCGCCCUCGAGCAAUGCACCGGGCCUCCGUUAUCUCUGGGGACGGCCGGGUGGCUGUACCAGGGGCGGGGAGAGACGCCGACGCCUACGGCCGGUGCGCCCGUGGCGACUUCGCUUCCCCUCGCUUCUCCUGGGUCAUCGCAGUCUCAGCAAUUCCUGGACGCGGGGGCGGCGGCGAGGAUGUUGGAGCAACGGCGUCAGGCGGAAUUGCUUGGGUCGUUUGGGGAGCAUCAGCAGCGGCGCCAGCAGGGGUUGGCCGCGGAUGCGGGUUUGCAGCAGGCGGCGGCGGCGGCGCGGCCGCAGCCGCAGGUGCUGAUGCUGUACACGGUGGAUGGGGGUGCCGCCGGAUACGACACCAAGUGGGACGAGCUGCACCCGGUCUCCCAGGGGCUUCUUCUUCAAAUCGAGGACAACAUUAGGGAGUACAGAUAUGAUAGUGAGCAGUUGGAUGAGUGCAGCCACCUUGAUGACCUAUCACCGUUCAAUUUUGAAUUUGAUGCUGGUCAGAUUACUCAGCAGGAGGCUGCAUCUAUUUCUACCAUCAUGGACAGAGAGAAGAUUUCAAUUGAGAGUUUAAUGACUGUUAUCAAAGAAAUUAUUUGGAACACCGAUUUUGCUAUACGUUCCUAUGUAAAGCUGAGGCCAAGGUUUGUGCGUUUAAGUGCUGGAAUUGCAAAUCACUCUGGAUCUUCUGAUGCUCAGACUGAUUUCAGUCAGCUCUUGACUAUGGCACCAAGCUUUCAUCGUUAUAGUAGUGCUGCAAGGCGGCCUUCUCCUUUUGUGCAACACACAGUUGCCAGGUUUGAGGAUCAACUUGGAGAAUGCUGCAAAUGGAUUCUAGAACUAGAACAGCGUGUCCAGAUGAAGGAUAAAACCUUUGCAGAACCUUUGGAAUCUCUGUCAAAAGUUGUGUCUAAUAUCCAUGACUAUCUAAUGCAUGUGGCGUCUAAGGUGGAACAUAAUCAUCAGAGUGCUGAAACAAUGAAGACUCAGUAUCUGAAGGAUCGACGAUGCAGGGAUGAUUGGAGUAAUCCUUUUCACAAGGCAAAUAGAAGAGAGGAAGCUAAACAACAAGCAACUGCCGGAAUAAUCCAUCCGAUGUUGCAUCUAUCACCUCUAGGCCAGCCAACAACACUGGUUGCUGUGCCAAUGAUAUCAAGCCAGCUACAGCAAACUUUAUUCCCCAUUGUAGCAACUUCCCCAAGCUCUUACCCAGUCCUGGCAUCCCAUCUUCUGCUACGUCACCUUUCUCAAUACCAUAUGAAGGUGGAAUGGCAGUUUCAGGCAUCAAUCGUUUACCUUCUGGCGUGAGUGAACUUUGAUUUUUGCAGGAAGGAAGCCACCCAGAAGAAACUGCUAACCGUGCAUUUCAUAUUCUGUUGUAAAUCCAUUUGACUCCUUCCCUUUCCCCUCCUUUUUCUGCAGCAGCUUGUGGUCAACGUGUUACCCCGUGUUUCUUUGGUGUAUUGCACGGACAUUUUUACACUUCUACACAGGUUUAAAGCUUUGACUAUUGCACAGCACAUUUUUACACUUCUUUGGUGUAUUGCACAUUCCAGUUGAUACAUACUAGAACAAAAAAUUCCAGCUUCUUCAGAUCAUAGAAAAAUCAGAUCAGGACCUUUGCAGUAUACUUGUUUAGGGCAUUGGUUCAUCUAUACUUCUAAAGUAGCAAGUUGCAUGCUUGCUCUGUGUCGCCGAAAAAUAAAUCAUAAAAGCAAAAGGAGCCACAUGUGUUGUUGGAGGGUCCCUGAUGUGUCUAUAGCAUGGUGUGAUUUCAUUAUCAAAGUCUGAUGGUUUGCCGAUCUGGAUGCUCCCUUGCUUCGUUAUUGCCUCCUUGCCCAGUUAAUAUUAUGUAUCUGCCUCUGGGCUACGUCAGUGCUUACGGCAGUUCCUAUGUCACAAGCCCAGCAGAAAAUUAGUGGAACUUCAGAUGUUGAAGUUCUACUACUUAGACGAUUCCUCAGCUUAUGCUUGUACAGAAAAGCAACUUGAAUUGUUAUAUGGACCCUAUGCUGGCGAUCAUGUAUUCAUCUUUGCCCCCUCUGAAUCGUUCUAACCAACCAUGCGGUGCCCCUUCAGACGUUAUUUAUUUCUGUUGGAAUCUGGACUGGUUCAACUCUAAUCCGAAUCUAAAUGUGUUUCCUUAAUCCUCCCUCGCAGUUUGGAGGUGACAUGGCACAUGCUCUCUCUUACGGCUCGUGGGCGGCAACCACGUGAGAUAAUCUGUGACCUGGACUGGGGAUGGAGAAGCUGGGAAGAAGCAUCGCCCUGGUAAGUUGGCAACCAACCAACCACUGGAGGCUGGUCAAUGCUUUGCUUUGAGGUGUAGCAAAGUGUCGUCAUUACAGCGCGUAAAACUAGUGGGUUGAAUGUGCUUCAGGGGUCUCUGUCUCAAGUGGAACCGGAACAGGUUCUUUUCCGGUGGUGGGAAUAGGCCAAUAGGGACGCUCAGAAUUUCGCUCAUCCCCUCGAGUGCCAAGAACUGUAAUUUUGUGAAUUUUAGGGAUCCUGUAGAUGAUUUGGUAUAGCUGUGAUGUGAAGACGGUGACUGUAGCAACGAUUAUUUGAUAGAAAGUGCGUAUAGAAAAGAAGGAUAGAAUUGACCAA